UCACUUUCGAGAUUCGGCGGCGAUCACAUCUAUAACAAAAUUUUCCCGGUAAAAUUUCUCAAAAUUCCAAAAAUUGUGCUGUGUGAACCAUUUUUUGGGACAACACUCCAGAUUCGAAAUUAGCUAAGAAACCAAAAACCGACAAAAGGGCGACGCGAGAUGUCGAACGGGUUCUCCUUCUGGAACGGUCAGCCGGUGACCUCGCCGGUUUAUCCGCAGAUGGGCGAUGCGAUGAGCCCCAAUGCGAACGGUUAUUCAGGCGGCCAGUGGUUCCGGGCGGCGGCGCCACCCUCCUCCAGUCCAGGGAUGCUUUCACCGACGACGCCAGCGACGCAGGCGAUGGGCGACUUCCGGUCGAUGGGCGGCUAUUCCCCGAUGGCCGGCAACUUUUUUUGGCCAGCCGCAGACGGCGAGACUUCCUGGAUUUGGCCAGAGCCAGAACAUGAACCUCAACCUCAACCAGAACCAGGAACAGACCCAGAAUCUCAGCCAGAAUCUGAAUCUCAAUCAGAAUCUCAGUCAAAGUCCGACUCAGGACCAGGGUCACGCCCAGGGACACGGAUUUGAGUCGUGCAUCGAUAAUGGAGAAGCCUUCUGCGCCUACAACGGAAUGGACAUGAGCGUCCAUGGACGAGGUGCCAUGGGCGGACGCGGCGGGGAUCAGGGUGACUUCUGGUAGGGAAUCCUCCGCCAGCAGGCUUCCCUCGUUCGAUUGGUCAGUGCAAAUGAAAUUCCUGUAGUCCCCUUCCCAACAAUGCCACAAAUGUGAAUCAAGAUUUGAGAUGUAUAUAUUUUCUACUGUAUAUUUUCUAUAUAAUAAACCAACGCUUAAACAAAAAAA